CAACAGAUCUCUUGUCAAGUUCAUGGACAUACAUCUACUCAAUGAAAACCAUUGAAAGACAUUUGACUUCCGAACAACAGAAAAAGGGUUCUUAGAUAGAUACACUGAAAUCAUUUUAAACGUUUUCCUGAGGGUAAGAAGCAGUGAGGAGGAGAGAAACCUGAGAUGAGCCCCCUGAACUCAACCUUCUUUAAAAACACCACUAUUGUGCAUCCAGACUUCUUUUUCAUUAGUGGUUUUGCCGGUAUUCCCCACACAAAAUACUACUAUGUCUUCUUGUGCUUUGUCUACGUUGUGACUGUACUGGGAAACACUUUUGUCAUGUUUAUCAUUUACACUGACCACUGUCUUCACAAUCCAAAAUCCAUUCCAGUUUUUAAUUUGGCUGUGUCUGACUUGUGUGGAAGCACUGUACUCAUUCCUCAGAUGAUUGACACCUUCCUGUUCAAAUCACAUUUAAUCUCCUUUGAGGCCUGCAUGGCAAAUAUGUAUUUCGCUUUUUUGUUUAUCUGUAUGCAAUCCUUCACUCUCACUGUCUUGUCCUAUGAUAGAUGUAUCGCUAUAUGCUUACCACUGAGAUACAAUGGGAUUGUGACUAUUAAAUCAAUGUUGGUGAUCAUAGCCAUAUUAUGGAUAUUUGGAGGAAUGGUAAUGGUAGCAGUUGUGUUUUUUAUCAGCACACUGUCGUUCUGUAAAUCUGUUGUGGUAAACAGUUAUUUCUGUGAUCACGGACCAAUAUUCCGUUUGGCAUGCAAUGACAACUUUCCAAGUACAGUGAUUAAUUGGUCACACCCUAUUAUGAUUCUCUGGUUUCCAUUACUUUUUAUAACAGGUACAUACAUUUGUAUAGCCAGAGCAUUAUUAAAAAUCGCAGCAGCCUCAGAGCGCCUCAAAGCCAUGAAAACCUGCACCUCUCAUUUGAUCUUGGUGUGUGUGUUUUAUCUUCCUAUAAGCAUCUCUGCUGCACUGGGCCCUACCAUUCACCAUAAUGUCAGGAUCAUUAACAUGUCUAUGUCAACUGUCUUGCCACCUAUGCUGAAUCCAAUAAUUUACUCACUGAAGACAGAAGAAUUAAGAGAAUCCAUUAAAAAGUUUUACAGAAGAAAGAAGAUAGAAACAACUGUAUGGAAUAAAUGA